AUGGCCUCGUCCACGACCGGCAACAUCGUCGUCGAGUGGUUGCGAUCGCUCCAUUUGGGCCAGUACGCGGAAAGUUUUAUAGACAAUGGUUACGAUGACUUGGAAAUAUGUAAGCAGGUCGGGGAACCUGACCUGGAUGCUAUCGGGGUGCUCAAUCCCGCUCAUCGGCAAAGAUUGCUGCAUUCUGUGCGGAGUUUGAGAGAGGAAGGAGCAGCAGCCGUUUACUUCACUUUAGAGGAAGCGGCUGCUGCUCGGGAUCCUUGCCGUUGUGAGGAAGAGGUUCGGAAAGAACAAGCUGUUGCAACUGUGGAACCGGCUAAAUAUGUUGACGAGUACGAGGAGGGAAAAGCUGAGUUGGUGAAGAUACCGCGUAUACAGCUGAAACGGCUACUUCGUGAACGUCUCGCUCAAGAUGGAAUCCGCCUGAGUUUGCAGCCAUACUCAACAACGGAUGGUGACAGAGGAUACUUGGAGGGCCUCGCAUCUCGCUACGCCGAUUUGUUCUCCACCCACUACGGGGAUGUACUUGAUCACCUUGAAGAGUUAAGGAGACACGAGUGGGAUGAAAUGUCUCCGCGAAUGAGGGUACUGGGUGGCCCUGGAACUCCCCAAACACCGCCGACGGCGAGUCCCGGUUCCCUGGCGUUAAAUAACCUCACCACUUCGCAUUCACAACCUAUUUACGUGCCUGGAAAAUAUUCGCCUUCAAGCUGCCUUACCGAUAAAGAAGAGGACGAGAUCUACGGAUUUGGCUACGGAGUAUUUGGCAAGCAGAUGCUUCAGAGACAGCAACAGCAGAAGCAAUUACUUUUAGCACAGCCAACUCAGCCUCUUAUUCACAACCAACAACAUAACUAUCAAAGUUGCCUCAGUCCACGGUCGGCGUAUUUUUACGAAUUUCCUCCCAGUGAUAAUUGCCUUGGUACCGCGAAAAAGAAGGUGACAACGUUUUCACGGCUGCUUCGAGGUUUGAAGUCUCAUAGGAAAGAGAAACACGGUUCCUGUUCGCCGAAACAUACCCACAGUCCGCGACAAACACUGCCCCCGCAAAGGGUUGACACACCGGACAGCGUGCUACAAAGUGGCUUGGGCCUUGGACCUGGCCCUGACACGGCCUUGAGGUCCAUGGUUGACCCACGAGACUAUGACCGCCUCCGCUUUUUUCAAAUGAAUGCCGCCCAACCAAACACCUUUGAAGAGACUAUACAUAGGCUAAAAGUUCAGGAAGCGAUGAAGAAAAAAGACAAGCUGGCGCGAGAACAGGAAGAGAUUUUGAGGGAUAUUAGACACGGUCUUAUGAAUAUGGGAAGAGAUGGAGUCCGAGGUCCUUUUGGAGACGAUACUUACAUGUACGACGAUGAAGCUCGAGGUCUCUCUGGAAGGGGACAUUGGUAUGACGAGCCACCAUAUGAAAGCGAUCCUGAGGAUUUUCUAAUGGGAGGAGGAACACCUGCUGCAACAUUCCAAAACGGCAGAGUUUGCUUUACUCUUAAUCUAAGAAAUGAACCGAGAGGCGAAGGUGUGAUAUCUCUGAGAAGUGCUGGUGACAUUAGUUUAGCAAGAGCCCCUAGACGAGGAUUAAUAAUUCCACAAAGCGGUCCCUACCCAACUACGGUCAUCCCUCUUCAUACGGCGAGGAAUCGUGAGAGCGGGGACUAUGCCGCAUCAGACAUCCAAUCAAUAGGUUCGCGAUUAUCUGGAAUUUCCUUAGAAUCUAGUCGAUCGGAAAGAGACUGCAGACGAGGUUAUCGACAAAUGUCAGGAUACCGGAUAGGAAUCGAUCCCUUAUCACCUGCAUCAUCAGAUUAUGAAGACCAAGAAAGUGAAACAGACUCCCAACACAUAGCCACAGUGCACAAGUCAGCUGAAGAGUGUGAAGGAGUUUCAAAUUUAGCGGGAAAAGUAAGAGGUCUUAGGCAAGAUGUUCAAAGAAAAAUUUCAAGAUUAAGACAAGAGAGAGGUCCGGAAACCACAGAGCGGCGAACAAGUGGAGAUCAUGCCUUUCCAUGUUCUAAUAGUUCAUUUGAAAGUCUUCCCAGCGGAUCAGGCAGUAGCACUCAGGCAUUGGUUCGCGCUGGUAGUAAUCACUCAUCUCUCUCGGCAGAAGAAAGCAUAGAAUUAAGUCCAGCCGGGCGGAGCUUACUAGUACCGCAAAUGCUGUGUCGAGCUCGAGCGCUCGUCGAUUACGUGCCCAAUAUUUAUGAGAAAGAUGCCUUGAGAUAUAAGAAAGGAGACAUUAUCGAAGUCAUCAACAUGAAUGCUUCCGGCAUUUGGAGAGGCGUUUUAAAUAAUAAAGUUGGGAAUUUUAAGUUCGCCAACGUUGAAGUUCUUUCAGACAGAGACGCUAUGAGAUCUAGAUCGUUGAAAUGGUGCAAAAGUCGUGAAAGGCUCUGGGAAACGCGACCGAGAACGGUAGAAGAAUUACUUAAAAGGAUAGAUUUACCAGAGUACGCUUUGGCUUUUGCUAGAAAUGGUUAUGAAGAUAUUGAACUAUUCAAAGAAAUUGAACCAUCGGAUCUUGAUUAUCUAGGCAUUAUGACACCAGAUCAUCGAACUCGCAUUCUCGCCGCUGUGCAACUGCUGCACCAGCUUGAAUGUGGCGAAGGUGACGGAGAAGGCGAAGGAGGUGGCUCUAGUUCAGAAGGUGGUGAUUCACCUUUCGGUCGCAGACAAUUCCCACGUGACUCUGGUUGCUACGAAGCGGGCGUGGGAGUAGGUGGCGUUCGUGUUCGAACUUCACCUUUGGUUCACAGAUCAGAUGAACCUGCGCAUCGACCACCGGAUCCAGCACCGCAGGUUAAGCGUUCUAUACGACGCAGACAACCUGAUGAGGCUGAGUGUGAUAGGAUCGAACGCUAUCCUGGUUCAGCUGCAGAACGGGCUAUAACGCGCAGUGGAGGACUACCUGGUGGUGCUAGGGAUGACACUUGUGAAACCGAUCACAAGCUUAACGUUGUAAAGUUUGUAGCAGGUGGAGAACCAUGCGCAUCUGAGAAAAGUAGUGAUUCGGGUGUAAGUAGCUCAUCGUUGAGUUCCGCUCACCCACAUCGUACUUGA